AUGUCAUUGUCAAAGGUGCGAAGGAAGAACUCGAUUGUGGAGUUUAGAAGGAAGGAUAAUCAUCCAUUACAGGUUCGCGACAUACUUCCUUACGCAUAUGUACAUAAAGAUACUUAUUUCAAGGUGGAGCUAAUGAUGGAGCUCCACGACUACGACCAACCAUGCGAUAUGUCAAGUACUUAUCAGCCGCGACACAUACUCAUUGAAUCCGACUCGUUGUUCAUCAUAGACUGGUUAAAGAGUGCCGGCACCCGCACUACAACAGUACAUGUACGACAUAUCAAUGAGUACUAUCUGGACGACAACCAAGUCAACUGGUCGCUCUACACGACCAGUGGCAAUGUAUACAUGUUCCGAGCAGAGGAUGCUCCGAACCUCCACAUCAAGGUGUCCGAGAUGAUCUCAAACUUUCUCAACAGACAACAGUUGGCAACGUCCUUCUCAUUCAAUCGCGCCCGCGAAGCAAUGGCCAUUGCUGCACCAUCUACCCCUAUGUUGGGCGCACAGCCCCAUCCACAUCCCGCUGCAACCAAGAUGUAUAACACGAUCGCAACACCCGGUUCGCCAACCGAACAGCUUCUCGACACAUACAAUCCGAGCAUGGACCUUCCAUCACGGCGAUACUUACAGCGUGCUUCGACGAGAGAUAACCUUGGCAGUCUGUUCGAGCAGCAUCAUCAACAGCCACCUAUUGUUCCAGUGUUGCCAAAUGACAUUGGUGUAGAGUUGGCCCUGGGCAUAGUUCCAGUUGCUGGAACUCCAGUUCCAGUGGUCUGA